AUGCCCGUGUGGGUGCCGUGCCGUGCCGGGCAGCGGCCGCUAGAGGUUCUUCGAGCCCCGGGCACGGGGAUUUUCCGGCGGUGGAUAUUUGGAGCUCAUUCUCCAGUCGUUGGAUUUUCACCAUCAUCUGGUGUGGAAUUUGUGCCUGUUUUCCCCCCCGUGUACACAUCUGCUGUUCCACCUCACACUGGGAAGAACUGGAUAGAUAAAAGGCUGCCGAGCUGCAAAAUAUACCUAAAUAAUGCAUUUGCUCUGGAUUCGGCGUGGCUGCAUCCUGAGGAACCGCGUCUCUUCCAGGGCAACGAGAAGCCUCUGCUAAUGACAAAUCAAGUGGCAAUGGCUAUUGCCAGGCCAGCUCCUGCCUCCAGGCCUCUUCCCACAGUGGUGCUGGCACCUCCACUGAUGCCAGGUGGCUGCCGGCGUGGUCCCAGCCCAGUGGGCAGCCCUCCAAGCCUGGCGCUGCUGGCAGUGGAGGCCGAAGCCCCCCCAGGACCACCCCCAUCCAGCAUCCCACAGUGCCGCCUGCUCACCCUCUCACCCCUCAGGAUCCCAGUGCUGGGCUCCCCAUUCCCAGGUUCAGCCUCGAGAGUGGAUGCUCGCCUGGGUCCUUUGAUGCCAGCACAAGUCACCAGGGUGACUGCUGUGGCUGCACCAGCUGUGACAAUCAUGGCAACCAACUUGAUGGAGCAGACACUAACAGAUAAAGGCAGAGCACGCAGCAGAGCCUCCUACCCCCCUGCCCUGAUCCUUCAUGCCGACAGGAGGAGCGCCUCUGUGGAGAGGGAUGGCGACAAGGAUCAUUCUUUUAAACUAGUAAAUGAGGAUGACAGUACUUCAAAUGGCAACAAGCCUGUGGCAUCCACUCCAGUGCCAGGAUCUCCAUGGUGUGUAGUCUGGACUGGAGAUGACCGGGUCUUCUUCUUCAACCCUACAAUGCAGCUGUCGGUGUGGGAGAAGCCGGUGGACCUGAGGCACCGUGGCGACAUUAACAGGAUCCUCGAGGACCCUCCGCACAAGCGCAAGCUGGAUGCUGCAGCAACAGAUAAAAAUGUGAGCUCUUGUUCAGGAGAUGAAAACGAUGAUCUUAGCAUCAAAAUUAAGAGAAAUAAAACAGAAGAUUGCCAGGUCGUUGACGAGGGGAAGGCAGGCACAGAGGAGAGGAAUGGGAAACCAGCAGCAGCGGAGGUCACACCGCCCCUCGAGGAGCGCAUCACUCAUUUCCGAGAUAUGCUUCUGGAGAGAGGGGUUUCAGCGUUUUCAACAUGGGAAAAAGAGUUACACAAAAUCGUGUUUGACCCACGAUACCUUCUACUAAAUUCAGAGGAACGUAAGCAGAUAUUUGAACAGUUUGUCAAGACCAGGAUAAGAGAAGAGUACAAAGAAAAGAAGAACAAAUUGCUGUUAGCCAAAGAAGAAUUUAAAAAGCUCCUCGAAGAAUCCAAGCUGUCACCAAGAACGACAUUCAAAGAGUUUGCAGAGAAGUAUGGCAGGGAUCAGAGGUUCCGCCUGGUUCAGAAGAAGAAGGACCAAGAGCAUUUUUUCAAUCAGUUCAUACUUAUCCUUAAAAAGAGAGACAAAGAAAACAGGGUAAGGCUACGGAAAAUGAGAUAAAACUGCUUGGAGCUGGCAAUGAGCGCAGAAGCUAAAGCAGGGACUGCAGGAAGGACCCCGAGUGAAGGUGAAAGCAAAGGCUGACCUCGCAGCAGCGGAAGGACGGAGUGCAUAUCCCUGAGAAAAACUUUCUCUGAAUGGUGUUUGUUGAACACACGGAGCAUUUGUGAAGGUUGUUCUGCAGGAAUCUGAAGGAUAUUUGUUCCCAAGGAAUUAAUGUUUCAUAUUGAAGCUCUCUUUUGUACAACAUCCAGAGUUUGAUGCAUUUCUAAUUGCCGUGAUAUGUCAAUCCCUUAAUUGUUUUAAUUAUGCAAAUUACUUGUAAUACACACAAAUUAUGAAUCCGGUGCAGAUUUGUAAUUAAGCAGAAACAGAUGCCAUCCAUAACAAUCUCAAGAUAUUUUGAUCAUUUCGCAAUCUUUUGGCAACUUUCUGCAUUAGCACAAACUGUUCGGAGGUGCAGCGGGAUGCAGGGAUCCAUUGCCGCGUUCACAUGUCUGUGUCCAGUUCUCUGAGUAGUACUAUUAAAUAUUAAUCGUUAAUCUUAGUGAAGAGUGUGAAAACCCUGGCCAGUGUUCCAUAGGAAACUCUCCUUUCCAGAAAUAGCUUUCCUGAUCCCAUGGGUGGUGCUUCGGGCUGAUAGCAGCACUGCUCUGUCGGAGUUCCGUAAAGGCGUUCUUUUGUACAACCAUCGCGGUCUGAGUUACGUUCCUGUAUGUGGAAAGUCUGCAUGAGAUUUUUCUCAUCAUCUUUGUAUAAAUUAAAUAUUUUACUUUUUUAAUUAAU